UUCCUCUCCGCCAGACUUGCUGCUGAUUGACCAUCCUUCCAUCAAACACAACGACGAUUCGCGACCGACAUCGCCCACGGCAAGGAUUUGAUUCGAAUUGACCUGAGACCCGUCAACGCUUUUCGUUUCAUUGAUUCUUCUCGCUGCGACCAAAUCGUGACUACCCAACUGCCACUUCCACUCCCAUUUUGCUCUUUGUCUUCGCCAUUCUCGCGACGUUCUCCGUACGUUUGGCGACCGUCAAUAUCUACGAAGGUCCCAUCGCAGUCUUCAGGCGGACGCGAAAACCAUCCACUGGAUAAUGUUGUGACGGUGUCCUUGCUCUCUGCUUGGAUUUGGUUGGCUUUUGGUGUGGAGGACUUGAGCAGAAAGAGGGUCUGGACGCGAGAAUUGGAAUCUUCAAAACGGUCCCUUCCACUUUAGGUUACCUGCGUCGUCUCUCCUUCCAAGCUGCAGACUGGUGCUUCUCCAUAAUAAGGGUGGUUUAUUGUGCUUUCCAUUGCAUAGGGUGAAGGCGCUUGACUUCGAGGUCGAUCUGAAUCUUCCCCGCUGCCAUUGCGUUCUCGCUUUCCUGCAGAUCUCGCUCGCCAUCGCGUGCUCUUGACAGACAAACAAUCAUCAUCAAGGAUAUCGCUACCCAGUAAUAACCACAAUCAUGUCGUACGAGUCAUCCGCCACAGAAGUCGCUGAGGACUAUCGUCAAGCUCUUGAAGACUUGACUACCAAUGUGCGAUUCGAAAUUAGCAAUCUGACGAUGAUUGCAAGAGAGCAGACCGAGCAUGCCCAAGUCAUCUCUGAAGUCUUGCAGGACCAUAUCUUGAAGGCGCCAGCGCACAAGAAGCUCCCAGCCCUCUACGUCCUCGAUUCGAUCGUCAAGAAUGUCGGCACUCCGUACACCUUGUUCUUCGGAGCAAAGCUAUACCAGACAUUUAUGGAAGCGUACGCGGCUGUCGAUGGCCAGGUUCGCCGCAAGAUGGAUGAAAUGCUUCGCACCUGGAAGGAGCCUGUUCCUGGAUCUCUGGACAAGCGUCCAGUUUUUGCGUCAGAAGUGACGGCGCCUAUUGAGAGCGCCCUCAUCAAGGCUCGCACAUCCGCGCUUCAAGCUCAGCAAGGACGACCAGCAGGUCGCGGCCGACCUGCUGCUGCACCGUAUCGCGAAACACCAACACCGCCGGGUAUGCGACCUGGCUCGAACCAGCCGAUGCCAUACGGUCAACCUCCACCAAUGCCGCAAGCAAAUGGCAACCGACCUCCGAGUGCGCCGCUCCCACACCACCCGCAGAUGGCUCCUUACGCACCCCCUCCGCCAUCAUACAGUGCUCAACCUUCGGCAGCUCCUGGUCCUUACCAACCCCCUCCGCAGAUGCCAUACGGAUCCGGACUCUCAGGACCUCCUCAGGCUGCUGGGAUAAACAAAGACUCUCUGGGUCAAGAUAUCCAGAAGUUGAUCGAUGCGUCGAAGUUGGAGUUUGCACAGAACCCCCAUGAUCAUAGUAUUCAACAAAGACUCAAGGCGUUGUUGGAUGUGCAGAGCUUGCUUCAACAUCAGAACUUGCCCCAGGACCAGUUGGUCCUCAUUAAGAAUCAAGUAGCCGAUCUUGCCGUAAAAGUGAGGCCGUUCUCGGCCCAGAGCUCAACCCCUACUGCUACAACUGUCCCUCAUCAUCCACCGCCGCCACCUGCGGCGCCUGUAGUACCAUCUGGCCUGCCCCAGCAGCAAGCUGGAGUGACGCUUGAUGCCCUCUUGGGCCAAGGAGCUCUUGCUGCUCUGUUGUCACGGCAGUCAGCCACGCCGCAGCUUUCAACGCCGCCGCCCCCUCCUCAUGCCAGUAUGGCGAUCCGGUCUCCCCCCCCACAGAGGGCCGAGCCGCAAAGACAGCCCAGUGCGCCGCCGGCAACAGAUCCUAUGGCGUUGCUGGCCGGCUUACGGCAAGCUGGAAUCCUUCGGGGAGCAGCUCCAAGCGCAACGCCGACGCCAGCAGCCCCGGCACCAGUGCCUCCGCCAGGGAUGCCUAUGAUACCUCCCGGAUUCUUGCCCCCUAACAUUGCAAGCUUGCUGGCUUCCGGCCAGCUGCCACCGAUUCCUCCGCUUGGGGGUAUGAGCGGCAAUCAGCUUGAUGCGGCGGCCUUGAAACAACAAUUCCAGCCUCACUUAAUCCCGUCUCUCUUUGAGCAACUGGGUCCUCAAUGCACCCAAUGUGGUAGACGUUUCAAGACGGACGAUGAGGGUAGGAAGAAGAAGAUGGCGCAUAUGGAUUGGCACUUCAAGGCACACCAACGGCUCGCAGAAGCAGAGAAAAGAGGCCAGCACCGAAGCUGGUAUGUCGACAACAACGACUGGCUCAAGUCACGAGAGGCCAUUGAUGUCGACCAUGUUGCGACUGCGGACAAGUCUUCGUCUAGUCCUGGCCGAGGGAAGAAGGAGGCCAAGCCUCGAUAUAUUCCCGUGCCAGAUGCAUCCAGCGGGAUCAAUAGCAAAUGUCCCAUCUGCCAAGAGAAAUUUGAGAACAAGUGGCUUGAGACUGCUCAAGAAUGGGUGUGGCUGGAUACUACAUUGGUCGGCAAUCGAGCAUAUCACUUUAGCUGUCAUUCGGAAGCGACACAAGCACGCGAGAGCACACCAGUCUAUACGAAGAGAGCGCCUGAGCCAUCGCACGGCAAGAAGCGCAAAGCAGAGGGUGACCAAAAGCCAUUUCGCGGAAAGAUGAAGAAAGACAAAGACAAAGAUACCGUCAAAUGGCCCAAGGCGGAGCUUGACUACUGAGAGUUCAACAUUCGACACGCGGAAACUCUUCAAGACGCCUGCCAACAGCAUGCAAAGCACUCGGAUAUAUCUGCAAAAGCUAACAACGGCAUUUGUUGCAUCUUCACCUGCAGGACGCCUCAUCGAGAAUCAUCACGCAUUGCCAAGUCAAGCCCAUCAGCCUAUUAUGGAGCAUAUUAUCCUAUGGCGGUGAGGCGACACAGUCGUGUAUGCGACGAGAUUUGCCAACGCGCCCGUGGAGGAGACAAAAAGCAAUAUUUAAUGGGAUCCGGUCUAGCAAGAGAGCCGAUCGUUGGGGGAUCGGCACGGACGGAACAACGACAAGCGGACACGAAAGAAGUGUGGUGAGGCUCCGUUGUUCGGAGUUGCCGGGCAAAAGAUCGGCAGACCAGCUUCGAUAUCGCAGUUGGUUCAUCUGCUUGGCAAGGCUAGGCCGCAUCAGCAAAGACGGCGUGGUCAUCAGCCCAGAACAGGGGAAGAAAGUCAGACAAGACGAAAGCCGAACACACCGCAACACCGUACAGGUGACAGCGAAGCAUCAGGGGCGACCUGGUCGACUGUUCACAUGGUAUGCAGAGAUUUUUUCUUUGCCCUUAUGCUACCGUGCUCCCGAGUUAUGGAGUUUAUUAAUAAACGAAAUACCCAGAACGGCGGUGGCCAUUAUGCAGCCCUGACAGGUAUGAUUAGGGAGCAAGCGGAAUAGAGGAAUGUUACCCUAAACAAAUCUUGAGAUUGUGGUGCAUGGAAAAGGUGUUCCGCUUCUGAUUCCCCUUGUGUGAGUUUACUCCACAGUAGCUCUUGUGAUCCAUGUCCCGGGGGAGAACAGCAGAUGCGUUCGUUUCCACACUCCCCACAGUCCACAGUCUUGACUCUGCGCUAGAGGAUGGCCUAUCUGUCGCAUCCCUGUCCAGCCUGUGUUUGAUUCGACAAUCGCUUACAAGUUUUUGGGAGGAAUUUGGUUCAAGAGCAUUUUGGUGAAUGUGGCGGGCUAGAGCUGAUUCGGGCUACGUUUGGGAAAUCCAUGGUGAGGAAGAAAGUACACAAACUCUGAGGCGGGUUGGGCAGUGAUUGGGUCGCAUGAAGGCGGGAAAGAUGGAGAAGGAAAAAAAAGGAAGGGAGGAGGGGUCGGUGUGAAGGGUGGUUUGAUCACUGAUGGCGUUGGGUUUUCUUUUGGUUUCGGCACCGCGAAAGGAUGAAGCGGCGGGCGAAGCGGGCGCGGGCGGGAAACGGUAGCCUUACGGUAGAGAUGGCGUUGAGGAAGGCACGGCCGGGGGAAGGAUUCCUGUUGAUUGCCACAAGGCCCCAGGGGAGCGGGGGGAAACGAGUUGGGAGUUGGCCGGUGACCCGGGGGCUUGCCGGGCCUCGUGUCUUUUUGGUUCGGGGGAGGGUGGCACAGUGGCUGAGACAAAGGUGUUUCUCCUCUUUUCCCGUGGUUCGUCAUCAUCUUUAAGACGACUCCAUCGUACCGUUUAUAUAGACUCGUUAGGUUGAGCAUAGAUUCGCCGGCGAAGUUAGCGGUACUAGUCCCAACCACCAUAGAGUUUGACAGGAGACAGUGGGAUGUUACCUAGUUCUAGGCGACUACUAAUACAGCUGGAGGGGAG